AGGUGCUGGAAGGACCAUAAACAUUUGGCCAGCUGGUUCAGCCACCUGGAGAAGACCAGGUUCUGAGAAACAAUGGGAAUGAGGGCCUUCGUCCUACUGGCCGUCUUCGCUGAAGCCUCUGCGAGAUCAUGCACUCCAAACAAAGCAGAUGUCAUUCUCGUGUUUUGUUAUCCUAAAACCAUCAUCACCAAAAUCCCCGAGUGUCCCUAUGGAUGGGAACUACACCAACUGGCCCUCGGAGGGCUGUGUUACAAUGGGGUCCAAGAAGGAGGUUACUACCAAUUUGUAAUCCCAGAUUUAUCACCUAAAAACAAGUCCUACUGUGGGACCCAGUCUGAGUACAAGCCGCCCAUCUACCACUUCUACAGCCACAUUGUUUCCAAUGACAGCACGGUGAUCGUGAAAAACCAGCCUGUCAACUACUCCUUCUCCUGCACCUACCACUCCACCUACCUGGUAAACCAGGCUGCCUUUGACCAGAGAGUGGCCACCGUUCACGUGAAGAACGGGAGCACGGGCACAUUUGAAAGCCAGUUGUCUCUCAACUUCUACACUAAUGCCAAGUUCACCACCAAGAAAGAAGCCCCCUUUGUCCUGGAGACAUCCGAAAUCGGUUCAGAUCUGUUUGCAGGAGUAGAAGCCAAAGGGUUAAGCAUUAGAUUUAAAGUGGUCUUGAACAGCUGUUGGGCCACACCUUCAGCUGAUUUCAUGUAUCCCUUGCAGUGGCAGCUGAUCAACAAAGGCUGCCCCACAGAUGAAACAGUCCUUGUGCAUGAGAACGGGAAGGAUCACAGGGCAACCUUCCAAUUCAAUGCCUUCCGGUUCCAGAACAUCCCCAAGUUGUCCAAGGUUUGGUUACACUGUGAGACGUUCAUCUGUGACAGUGAGAAGCUCUCCUGCCCAGUGACCUGCGACAAGCGGAAGCGCGUGCUGCGGGCGCAGACAGGGGGCGUCCUGGUGGUGGAGCUGUCCCUGCGGAGCAGGGGAUUUUCGAGUCUCUAUAGCUUCUCAGAUGUCUUCUAUCACCUCGUCGUGAUGCUGGGGAUUUGUGCCGUGUUAUAGGACGUAGCCAGGCUGCUGCAGAUCCUCCACCCAAGGUCGUCCUGAGUGAAUGACGAACUCACAUUUAUUGUGCCGCCAAAAAGAACAAACAGAAGACCACAUUGUUGGGGAGCAGAGAUUAGCACUUUGCCAAAUCCAUGUUGCAAUGAUUUUUGUGAAGUCGGUGAUCAUUUUUCUUUGGUGUCCCAAUUUCUCUUGCUACUUCCUGUGGCCCUGAAAUUCCACAGUCCUUCUCCUGCCACUGUGGGACGAGUCUCCAUCCCCCAUCCCGAAGUCAGGGCUGCAGUUUGAAAGUUAUUCUGAUUUU